AUGUUCAGCUCUGUAAUCAUGAAGCUUAUUCUUGCUGUGCUGGUGUUGGUUUUGGUGGUCGAGACCCAGGCGCAAUGGCACCAAUACCCAGGACAAGCCAUUGGAGGUGCAAAGGACAUGUUUCGUGCUUACCAGGAUACGAGGGAGGCCAACUGGAAAAACUCAGACAAGUAUUUCCAUGCACGCGGGAACUAUGAUGCUGCAAGCAGGGGCCCCGGAGGCAGAUGGGCAGCCGAAGUGAUCAGCUAUUUCAUCUGUGGCAGAUUUUACAUGAUUUUAUUCCUCAGAAAUGCUGAAGCUGACCAGGAAACCAAUCGCUGGGGACGUAACGGUGGUGACCCCAACCGCUACAUAUCGAAAGGCCUUCCCGGGAAGUACUGAAAAGAAGAUCAUCAGUGCGAUAGAAAAUGACUGAAAUCAUUUUACUGUAAUACUGCUUGAUUCAGUUUUGUAUAAAACCAUUUCACUCUUUCUUUUUACAUCUUGACACUAUCCUUAAUUGCAUCUUCAUUUAUGACAUCAAAAAUGCAAUCUUUAAGUUUUAGCAUCAUUCAGUCUAUGUAACAUGCUCUAGUGUCUUAAUAAA